AUGUCUCAAGUCGCCCUUCCGAAUAGUUCAGGCGGGAUUCUAACAUAUUGUUAUAGAUGGAAGAUCACAAAUUGGUGCGAUGUGAAACCCUUUACAGAACACACGAGCUCUCCAUUUAGUGCUGACGGAUUGCAAUGGUAUUUUAGAGACAACUCCAGGAUGUCUUCAUGGAAUUCAUUCAUUUGCAACGAUACGGUCUCUUUGUGUGUCAAAUUCGAAAUUCAAGAAUCUAUUAUAGAUGCAUCGCCAAAGAUCAAUGAUAAUCCUUUUAAUAAGCUGGUUAAUUCCCCGAGAUUUUCUGAUAUCACUUUUCGCGUCUUUGAUGAUGUUGGUCGAGAUAAAUUAUUUUAUGCCCACAAGGGAAUUCUUGCAUCUUCAUCACCAGUAUUUGAAGCGAUGUUGACGAAUGGGAUGAAGGAAACUCAUCAGGAUGAAAUUCGACUGCAUCAAGCAAAUCAUGGCGCUUUUCUUGCUCUGCUUACCUAUAUUUAUACCUUUAACGUUAAUAUUGGGUCUCUAUGCGAGGCCGAAAAUUUAUUGUCAUUGGCCGACAGGUUUGCUAUUGUUCAUGUGCGAGAAGAAUGCUUACGAUAUUUUCGAUUGGAAGUAAAUGUAAAUAAUGUAUGGGGUAUCUGGGCAAUCGCCGAAAAAUAUUCGUGCGCAAAGACAUCAACCACUUGUCGGGAUUUUGUAGCCCGUUAUCUUGAGGCCCUCUUAGAUAAACAAUCUACGUUAGAUGCUGACCCGAAUAUUCUCCGUCUUGCACUUGAGAAUGACGAAGCUAACGUUAAGUCAGAGGAGCAAAUUUAUGAACUUGUGGUUAGAUGGGUGAAUUAUUUUUACUCUAGCGAUUCAUCCAAUGAUAAUAGCACGCAUGUUGAUGCCUUAUCAACUUCGUCACCCACCUCACCAUCAGUUUCUAUGCCUUCAGAGCUUUCAGGAAAUUCUGAAGAUCCUAAUGUAGUGACCCAAAGUGAAAAAGAAGAUGCUACCGUUUCUAUUGAUCAAAGUUAUGAAUUGCUUGAAGAAGAGACUGACGAUCCUGACAAGUUUCCAAAACCUUGGCGUGGAGAUAGAUUUUCUAUCCUUCCAUCUCUGUUAAAGUGUGUUAGGUUUCCGUUGAUGCAAAAACGAUUCAUUGUUGAUAAAGUUGAAAAAAACUCAACAAUCAUGGAAGCUGAAGGAAUGAAAGACUUGGUCAUCGAAGCAUACCGACACCAUUUGAUGCCUGACGUUGCCAACAGCCACCCAACAAGCAGGACUAAGCCUCGAAAAAAGAAGGCAAAGAUUAUUGAUUGA